AUGAUUGCUGAUGCUGCCUGGCCUAAGGACAUGAAUUACAUUUCGUGCGAUGAUUAUAACGAAAAAAAUUCACCCGUGCGUAAGGAUCUCAAUUUAAAAGAAUAUUUUGGAAAAGAUUCAAGCGAAUCUCCAACUUACGGUCCAUUAACUGUCACACGAAACGGUGAGAGUUAUAUGGAAUUUCAAAUGAUGCUCAGUGCAGUUGGCGUUCGAGACGGUUCAUCAGAUAAGUCAGCUUAUUUAGGAACUUGGAAGGCAGGAUUUGGAAACUCGCUGCAACUUAAGGAGCCAGAAAUUAUGAAGAAUUAUUCGGCAGAUACUGUGUACAGAAUUGUUACUGUCGUUCAAGAGCCAUUCAUCUUCGAGGAUCCCGACGCUCCAAAAAAAUUCAACGGUUAUUGCAUUGAUCUCAUCGACGAAAUUGCAAAGCAGUUGAAUUUCGACUACGAAAUUUAUUUGGCAGAAGAUAAAAAAUUCGGUAAUAUGGACGACAACGGAAACUGGAACGGUGCUAUCAAAGAACUGAUUGAGAAGAGAGCAGACAUUGUGUUGGGGUCACUGUCGGUAAUGGCCGAAAGGGAAAACGUUAUCGACUUUACAGUUCCAUUUUACGAUCUCGUCGGAAUUACAAUUCUUAUGAAACUUCCGGAAACUCCAACAUCGCUAUUCAAAUUUUUAACAGUUUUAGAAAAUGACGUGUGGCUUUGUAUUCUUGCGGCAUACUUCUUUACAAGUUUUCUUAUGUGGAUUUUCGAUCGUUGGAGUCCGUACAGUUACCAAAAUAACAGAGAAAAAUACAAAGACGACGAGGAAAAAAGGGAAUUCGACUUAAAGGAAUGCUUAUGGUUCUGUAUGACUUCUUUAACACCCCAAGGAGGAGGUGAAGCGCCAAAGAAUCUAUCGGGACGAUUUGUAGCAGCCACUUGGUGGUUAUUUGGCUUUAUUAUAAUUGCUUCGUAUACUGCCAAUUUAGCAGCGUUUUUAACCGUUUCUCGAUUGGAUACUCCCAUCGAAUCUCUUGACGACUUAUCGAAACAAUAUAAAAUCCAAUACGCACCCACGAAAGAUUCAUCCACGAUGACUUAUUUUGAACGAAUGGCUAACAUUGAAGAUCGAUUUUUUGAAAUAUGGAAAGACAUGAGCUUGAAUGACAGUUUAAGCGAUGUCGAACGUGCUAAACUGGCUGUAUGGGAUUAUCCUGUGAGCGAUAAGUACACAAAAAUGUGGCAGGCUAUCAAAGAAGCUGGAAUGCCAGCAACGUUGGAGGAAGCUGUUAAAAGAGUACUACAAUCGAAAUCGUCCAGCGAAGGAUUUGCUUACCUAGGUGAUGCGACUGACAUAAGGUUUCUCGAACUUACCAACUGUAAUCUGCAAAUGGUUGGAGAGGAAUUUUCUAGAAAACCUUAUGCCAUUGCUGUUCAACAAGGCUCUCCUUUAAAAGACCAAUUCAAUACAGCAAUUCUGACGCUUCUCAACAAAAGACAAUUAGAAAGAUUAAAAGAAAAAUGGUGGACAAACAACCCCAAAGCAAAGAAGUGUAAAAAACAAGACGAUCAAUCGGACGGCAUUAGCAUCCAGAAUAUUGGAGGAGUGUUUAUUGUCAUAUUUGUGGGAAUCGGCUUGGCUUGUAUCACAUUGGCAUUUGAAUAUUGGUGGUAUAAAUACAGGAAGAACGCAAAAAUUAUCAAUGUGCAAGAAACAAAUCCGAAGAAGCCCCACCAACAAACUAAAAUAAAAGUAAAAGAGCAUGCAGAUACCUCGAAACUAAACAAUAGCGAAGAUAAUAAAUUCAAUAGUUCACAUCUUAGAUCACGAUUUUAAUGAUUUGUGAAAAGUAGCUAUAACUUUGCUUAGAUAAAAAUUCCUCCAGUUUAAACUUUAACGUAAGUUU